CUCUUCUUCCCACUCUCUCCCACUCUCCUCACAGCUCUUCCUGCUUCAUUCCUGCCCUCGCUGUCGCUCACUUCAUCGGCAGGGUACCGUGCAAAGUCAUUCCCUCAGACUUUGCCCGCCCUCUCCUCGGCCCUCGAACUCUUCUCGCAUUAGGUCUUCUCCGUUCGGGGGGGCAUUGGAUGGUCUAGAGGGAAAGGAUAUUUGUGUCUAUUCCUGCUUCAAACCGUUCUCGUGACGGCCCCGACUCAAUCAGCGGCCGAGCAUCCUCCCAACCCUCCGGCUCCUCCAAAAACCUUGUAUCCCUCUGUCGCAUUUUGUCUCAAGGCAAACUCGCGUCCGCUCUCUAUCCACCAAAUCCCAAUCCAAAGAUCGACCAUUGUUGGGAAUAUCACCAAGGACGGACCGCGCUGACAGGGUCAUCCACUGUCUUGCCUCGGGGUGAAGAAACUGAGAAUAUUUUUGGAUUCAACGGCGCAACAAAUAACAGGAAACUUAAGCUUCUGGCUGCCUGUGUCGUCAGGAGCCAGAUUUUGAGCGCUUGCGAUCCGGACAUAUCAUCGGCUUGGCUUUCUGGUCGAUCUUGAGAAGCCUCGGACUCGGACGUCCUCGUGGUCCAGCCAUCGCACAAACAGCAAAAAGAAAGAGUUGCGUGAUAUUUCGGGUGUGGUCAAAGCACGGUGGAGAUUUGGAUUCUGUGCCCAGGAUCAGGAAGAGCAGGAGCAGCCAGUUGAUACAUGGGCAGCUAGUCGAGAUUCGGGUCAAGACCUGCCAGCACUCAAAGACUGCUUGGGGCACGACUUCGAUAUCAAUUCCUUACGACCGCUUCUUCCUCAACCGCGUCCUUACAUACCAGGCCUCUUCGUGCCAGGGCUUUCAGUUCUCUACCUCGACGGCCUACCGAUUCGAGCGUACAAUAUUUGUGGCAUAACAUACAACAUGCAGCAACCACCUAACGAGACGAAGAGUACCGUCAGUCGGUUCACAAUUGACAGGAGGUGCAUCAGAUAUUCCCUGGAGGUCGUGCAACAACCAGAAAAAGCGCGUGCAUGUGGUUCUGGUCCCAGAUCAUCAAAUGACCGGAGACCGGUAGACCCACCUCCAGUGGUCGAGCUGAAGGUGUUUAUUAACGAUGUCGACACCACAAUGCAGUAUGAUGCGACGUUCAUGCUGUAUGCCAGCUUGGAAGUUGCUCGGCCAAUAGCCGGGGGGAAGAUGCAUGUACCCCCAGCUAUCCCCGUAUUGGCCGGCGUGACCAUAGCGAGUGCGGCCUAUCUGGAGAAACCAAAGCGAGCUGCCUAUUUCAUCUUUCCAGAUCUAUCCGUUAGACACGAAGGCUGGUAUCGGCUCAGGUUCUCGCUCUUCGAAGGCGUGAAACACGAUCUCGAUGCUGAUCACGGAAAGCCGUUUGUCCGAACAGAAGGAGAUGGGGAUAAUUUGACCGCCCCCGUCCGUCACGAAGGUGUCUUCAACCGCAUGGAGGUUCUGUCGACCCCAUUCCAAGUGUACAGUGCCAAGAAGUUUCCCGGGCUCAAUCAAAGCACGGCUCUGAGCAUGAUGGUCGCCGACCAGGGCUGCCGAGUUCGGAUUCGAAGAGACGUUCGGCAAAGAAAGCGACGCCAGAAGUCUGGAGCCGAUGCCGACGAUGCCCCAAGUUCAUAUCAAGGUACUCCCCAGCCUACAUAUCGCAACCUCGACCACUCAAGAUCAGCUAGUCGUAAUAGCAUUGGCACUCAGCACGAGAACGAUGUGCAAACUCGGGACCCCGCCGAAGCCCUCUGGGCUCGCCAAGAUGCUGCAAGUCGGGAACAUUUCUUGAAUUCCGCAAAUUCCACGAUUGGAGCACGCAGCGCUGUACUCCCUCCGCCAACCACGUCGAUGCCUCCACCGCCUGCGUUCAACCCAUCUCCUGCACGAAGGCCGUCAUUUGACAACCGGCCCAAGCCAUCAUUUACUAUGCCCACUCCUCGACUCACGCAUCCUCCUCCAGCCCUGCCAAGCCAGUCUUCGGCCCCAAGACCCAUGACUCCAGAUACCGAGAGAAGCCUCACUCUACCACCGCUCAGAUACCCCGGCGCGGGUUUGCCGAAGCCAGAUUCCUCGGCUCCCAGAUACAAUGUGCCCACACCGACUGCAACAAAAAGGUCCUUCAGUCCCGGAUCUUACCACCAAGAUACCUCAUUGAAAGAUGGAGCUCGGCCUGGCGUGCCACCUGCACAUUGCCCACCACCAUCCCCUCUGGGUGGCAACGAAAUCAUCGAACCGGAUGUUGGUGGCGAUGACGACGAUGAUGAUGAGGCGUACUUGUUCGCCGAUGCAUUGAUAUACACCCGUGCGGAUGGUACAAAAAGCUACAGAUACCGUCCAGGGGCCAGCUAUUUUCGGUAAUGGACAGAAGCAGCGACAGCCGCAAGCCCUCAGCAGACGCCCCACUUCCUCUCUCUGUCUGUGCCGUAAUGUACUUGGAGUGGCAUUUUCUGACUGAUUUUGGUUCAAAUGCACACGGGUAACCAGGACACACAGGACACUGGGGUCUGGCGUCUUUUGAUUUACACAACGAACCGACGAGCGACAAGCCUUUUAUGCAUUGGCCUUGCUCUCUUCAAUCGCAAUUGCUUCAGCACCAGACACAUACCUUGCAGCAUUUAUUUCCUUUGCGUUAUCUUCUGGCGGAAGCGGUGCGGAAGAAGAGGAGCGCUCCAGGGCGCGUGUAGUGAAACCUCGUCAAUCUAAGCGGUCCAGGCCGGCAUGGGCGAAACGCAGACGGAAUGUCCUUCCAGAAGCAAGACUGAAGAGAGACGUUGCAGGGAUCAGGGGGAGAUCGACACUUGGAACACAUAAUGCCAAUCCUUCGCAAUCUCCCAGCGACAUCAUCCGUUCAGGACCGGACUGGAGGAAAGCAUAGCGGGGAGGCACUGUGUUUCUGGGUGUGAUUUCCGUCCCACCAUACAUGGAAAUCUUGAGGGAUGACAUCUUGACUUUUUACCCUUCUGGAGGUGGACGAACUGGGAGAUGGCCACAACAGACCAAAAGAAAACGGACCCAGUGUUCAUCAUCUGGUGUAGUUGAACAGAAGCCAACUUGGGCACUUUACUCGCAAUCAUAUCUGGCUCGUUAUUACCUCUCUUACGUAUCCAUUCUUUUGUAGGGUUCCCCUCCGUGGGUGCGUGCUAGGCGGCCGUGAGAUUUAGAAGCAGAGGGCUGUGCAUCGCGCACGACCACCC